AUGCGGUUAACCGACCUUGUGCCCUCGCUGGCUUCAGUGGCCUUCCUGGGCACCACGGUGUCUGCGUUCGGCCGUCAUGCAGCCCAUGAAGGACUCCUUCAGAUACCCCCCGCGUUUGCGAAAGAUGGAGUCGUCAUGUAUCCCGCCCUUCAUCCCGAGCAUGAUCAUACCGAUCUUCACCACUUGGUUCCCGAAAUAACCAAGAGCAUGCACUACAGCCAAGAAGGACAUCGACCGGCCCUACAUGGUUCUAAACAUGCGCAUAUGGAAGCAAUUUUCUCCCACCAUACCGUUAUUUUGGAUCAUUCCAGUCAUAUUGAAGACGUCUCCUGCACCAGUGACCAUAUAAAAGUGUGCUUCAAAACUCCCGAGGCACGAGACACAGUAAAAAAGUCAUGGAAAGAGAUCUCCUCGGAUGAAUUUAACCUGGCAACCUACCACAUCAACUGCGGUCAUCUCCAUGGUGAAUCACGUUCCUUCUUCCGUGCGUCCAAGCCCACCUGGCAGGAUGACUGCGUGACAGUUUCUACGACCUUUCUUGAUGAAAAGGAAGCACUCCACGGUGGCGAGCUCUCCUGGGGAACGUACACUUCUCCACAUUUGGUGAAGCGUGAGCGUGUGAAGGGACAUGCCCGGGUUUCUAAGCCAGAGCAGAUAGUCAUGGAUGGAUCGGGUGGUGAUGAAGUUGUCGACCUCACAAAGAACGCGAGCGCACUUCAUGAAUUCUUUGGUCCGGUGGUACAGGUCGAUACGGAUAUACCAGAUUCAGGAACACAAGGGGGUGGAUUCAUGGACUAUGAAGGCGAUCUUGUCAAGCGAGGCUUAUUCUCCUGGCUUGUAGAUGCUUUUGAAGCAUUGAUAGGUUUAAUUCGAACUUCGAUCGAGGUCCAGAUUGCGGUUAUCAAGGUCUGUGCCUCGGUAAUGAUCCAGUAUGCGGCAACUGCCGUGAAAUUAUUGCUUGUUCCCUUCGGUGUCCCUUUCGACCAAGAAUAUCAUGUGGACUUCCCCUUCAAGUUUUAUAUCCCCAGCGCGUUUGCCAUUGGGACCAGCAUCGAAGCCGCAGUCGCCAAAGGUCUUAGUGAGAUAGAGGUCAUCAACAGGGUUGCUGAUCUUAUAUACGCAAAGCAAGGCGGCUCCAUAGCUGUUAAUUGUGCCCAUUGUGGAACACAGGGACACUUCCAAUUCGAAGGAAAGCUGGCUUUCAGCAUUGCCACGGGUCUCUCGAAGGCUCAGAUAUCACUGAUCAAUGCCGAACCAUUUGUUAUUGAAGCAGUCUUUGGCAUCACUCCUCAGGGAAGAGCUCUACCUGAGGGACAUGAUGUGCCUGGUCCCGACGGGAAGAAAUCCAAGAAAGGAUUCCGCACUACAGCUUCAGCACCGAUAAAACCUAUUCCUCUCGGCCCCUGGUCUAUUCCAACCUUGCUCACUAUCGGACCACAGCUGGUGGUAGAGCCCCAGAUCAGCGCUUACGUUGACUCAAAAGUCAAUAUCGAGGUUGGUCCUCGGUUCACAGUAUCGACGGGAAAUGUGACUUUCGAUGCUCUAAACCCCGACAACAAUGUUGCAUACGGUUGGGAGCCAAAAUUCGAAUGGGUUUUCGAUGCUAAUGGGAAUAUUGUCGCUACUGGUGAUAUGGCACUACAAGUGGGAAUCGAGAUGGCACUUGAUGUUCUCAGUAGCACCUUUAAGCUAUCUGCGGGAAUUUACACUGCGCCUUCCGCCUACUUCACAGCCGAAUACUCCAACGGUCAAGGGAAAAAAUGUGAUAAUGGUGUGGAACUACGGAUUGGUGCCAAAAACCGAGUCUACGCUCAACUCUUAGACAAGGCUUUCGAGCAGAAAGGCAAGAGGGAGUUUGAAUUUCCGGAACUAACUUCAGUCUUCGCUGAUAAAGGUCUCGGCUGUCUCAGCUCAGACGGCUGGGAUCCUGAUAAAGUGGAGGAGUUCCAGCUCCUCAAGGGGGGUGUGUUUAAUACGCAUCUUGGAAGAGAGGUUAGUAGUUUUUUUAACGACAUGCUUGCCACGGACCAAAAUAGGACUGUCACAGAUCCGGACCGGAUCGAGACCGGAGUCAAGUAUGCACAUGCUGUCAAACAGAAGAAUGAAAAGGGUGAGGUGCGGAAGAUGCCUGAGACCCAUGGAUUCCGAGUGAUUCAAGAUUCUGAGUUGAAGACUACACUCGUUUCCGGAACCGACGGUUUCAUAUACGCAACCGACAGCCAAUACGACCACGAUAUUAGUGCACCCUGGGGUUCUAUCGAUGUCACCAAAGAACAGUUCAAUUACGAUGUUUUUGGCCGGGUCUUGCAUUUUAACGCUUCUCGCCUGAGGGAAGAUCCCGACAUUAAUAUGGUUGAGCUAGGUGUCUCUCCCAGCGAAAAAAUGCCCAAGGGUCUUGAAGCUGCGUCAUUCAAGGCUAUCAAGACGGAGAACGGCACUGAAACCUUCGCCAUAGCACUGAACACCACACGUCUUCAUCCAGAUGAAGCGGUCAAAGAGUGGGUUUGGUACCCUACAGUAUGCCAAAUCCCUCACAGUGGACUUCAACUUUAUGCAACCCGGUACCUGGUGACGGAGGAAGGAUCAGCCCGGACUGUUGAAAAUGCUGGAAAUGCUCACUGGAUUGAUGCAGGGGUAUUAAUUGAUGCAUGGGAGUCAAAUAGAGAAUACAGAAGUGACUUCGACAAACUCGGCCUCAAGCACCUAACCAAGAAAGGACGCAAGCGCCAUGGGAAGAAACACCAAUUCGAGUUUGAUGGGGAGGGGGAGGCGAAGAGUAGGGGAAGGGCGGGUGCGAAGAAGCAGCACAAGCAGCAAAAGCAACAUGGCAAGAAAGUGAAGGUCGAGAAGGACCGCUAUAAAAGAUGCCGCACCGUGAGAUUGAUCUCUGAUCUGAAAAACCGGGGAAAUGGCAGCCUCGUAUCCAAUGCGGUUCAGGAUGUGGCCAACGUGGGAGAUGCAGCUGUAGGAGCUGCCACUGGAGCAAACUGA